AUGCAACCGGGGAUCAAGACAGCGAGCUCGUCGGCUCUCGUCGACGUGUCCAUCGACGGCAAACCCGCAUGCAUGGGCUAUGACCACGAGUUUCUCUUUGUCGUGCGCGGCCAUCUUCGGCAUGUCGACACCUCCGACAUCAGCAAAGCGCAUGUUCGCGUACCCUUGGCGCUCGUCCUCAAUGCCUCCUUCGUCUCGGACUCGGAUGGCGGCUCGCUCCUCGUGCGGCUCCUUUCUCCGCCCGUGCAGGCACAGGCUCGCGAGAAAUCCGUCCCUUUUGCUUUCCUCAAGAAGGCAAAGAUCCAACCAGCUUGCAUGGAGUCGCUCACACAAGAGGCGUACGAGGCACUCUCCUCUUCGGCGCGGGCAGAGCGCUUGAGGGAGCAACUCGAGGGACCGUGCUCAAGCCUUCGCUUGGUCAAGAUCGAGGCCCGUGUGCUUGCGGGCAAGGAUGGCGUCGACUCGGAAGCAAAAGCGCAGGCUUGGGUCGACGACGUCAUGUCCCGGACAUACAAAGACGUCAAGCCACACAAGCGCAUCAAGGUGCUCGUCAACCCAGCUGGAGGACCGGGCAAGGCAAGGCAACUGUUUGAGGGCCGCGCCCGCCCCAUCAUGGAAGCCGCAGGGUGCAAGCUCGACGUCACCAUCACCUCGCACCGCCUGCACGGACUCGAAAUCGCCCGCGACCUGAAGAUCCACGACUACGACGCUGUCGCCAUCGUCAGCGGCGACGGACUUCUUCAUGAGGUCCUCAACGGCUUUGCGACACGAGCCGACGCCCAGAGUGCGCUUUCCCUGCCCAUCGCUCCCAUCCCGGCCGGCAGCGGCAACGCCAUGUCGAUCAAUCUCCUCGGCGUCCAGCAGGGCUUCAGCCUGGCCCUAGCGUGCCUCAACAUCAUCAAGGGUCGUCCGAUGAAGCUCGACCUGCUCAGCGUGACACAGCCCGCAUCCGCGUUUCCCCCCGGAAUUCCCGUGCCGGGCCGGCCACCGACCCAGUCUCUGGGCAAGCACGCAGCUAAAGCUAGGCGAGACGCUGCGCUCAACGCGAGCGUAAGCGAGAGCGUGCGUGGCUCCGAAGAUGUGGCGCGGAUCAUCGAAGCACCAUCCAAGCCUUUUGUUCAGUAUUACUCCUUCCUCUCCCAGGCUAUCGGCAUCGUUGCUGAUCUCGACCUAGGUACUGAGCAUUUGCGCGCUCUCGGCGAUACGCGCUUUGUGAUCGGAUAUGCCACUUCGGUGCUGCGCAAUGCCCAGUGCGAGGUGGAUGUGGACAUCAAGCUCGGCACGCGCGGCACCAAGAGCAGAGCCGAAAUGCGCGAGCGCGUCCUGGCCUUCAACAAUGCGAGUCGUUCGACCGAUGACGAUCCGCAAGAGCAGCAAGCUGACGGCGGUGCCGCUUCGUCAAGCCUUGUUCACGGUGCCGUGACUGAGCCGCUCACGGCGGAUGCAACGACGCCGCCACCGUUCGACCUCAACGACCCUUCAUGGUCGCACUCGUUCCUCACUCAACGGCACUCGAUCCGACAUCAAGCGGCGGCAGAUCCGUCGUCUGAGGCUGGUGCGACUUCCGCCGACGGGUGGGCGCGCAUUCAGGAGCCGAUCGCGAGCCUGUACGGCGGCAAGAUCCCGUACGUGAGUCGCGACCUGAUGCAGUUCCCUUUCGCGCUUCCGAACGACGGCACGAUCGACGUGGCGAUGAUGCUGCAUGCGGGUGGGCGCGCAGCCAAGCUGCCGGAGAACGGGUAUGCGGAAUCGGGCCAGCUGGUGUAUCAAAAGUCCAUGACGUACGUCAAGGUCGAGGCGCUGCGUGUGACGCCGCGGCGCAAGGAGGGCGACAAGAAGCUCAAGAACGGCGGACUGAUCAGUAUCGAUGGCGAAAAAGUGCCAUACGCCGCUUUUCAGGUGGAGGUGGCGCAGGGCAUGCAGUACUCGGUGCUGUCGCUCUACGGACGCUUCUGCGCUGCAGUGCCGGAGCCGCCCUCGGUGUCGUGA